AAUCUUUAUCGAUAUUGAGAUUAGAGUUGGAAAGCUUGUGAAGUUGCAAGCUUUCUGCAUUUAAAUUAUUGACAAAUUUUGUAAAAUAAUAGCAUAUUAUUAGAGGAGAAAAAUACCAAAAAUAUAUCAACCUACCUGAUUCCUUUAACCUUUACUAUCUUCUAGGUUAUGUUUACUUUAACCUCAACGUAUGUUUUUUGAAGAUGAUACAUUUUUAAGGUUAGGAUAGUAUUGAAAAUAAUAAUAACAGUAAAGGUACAAUAUUCACUUAUGAUUAUUGUCUAGUUAUUUCUCUCUUGCUCUUCUACUGCUCUAAAGAUUAGCUAGAAUAUAUGAUAAUAAUAAUUCAAUUAUUAUGAUAAUUCAUUCAUUUAAGCUUGACUGUUUCAAAAAUUUUAUGAAGUUAGGAUAAAGUGAUUAUUUAUGAUCAAUAGUAAACACUGAUGAAAGCCACUAUGGAUCCAAAUAAUAUCAAUCAUCAGAUACCGGAGAAAGUAUUGAAAUUCGAAGAAUUCGUCAACAAUCAUUUAAAAGAGGAUCUGAAAAAAAUACAUUACAAACUAGAUGUGCUCUUGGGGGAAAUGGCAGAGUAUAUACAGCUGAAAAAUGUUAUUGAGAGUCUUCAAAGUGAUGAUGCUUUGAAGGAUGGCUUGAAAACACAGAUGGAUUUGGGCUGCAAUUUCUACAUGCAGGCACAUGUGUCCGAUGUUUCCAGAAUACUGAUUGAUGUUGGCUGCGGCUAUUUCGUCCAAUUCACCCUGGAUGAAGCCCUUAAGGUGAUUGCAAAGCGAUUGCAGCUACUUGAGAAGCAAGCUGAUCUCCUGAAAGAGCAAAGUGCCACCACCAAAGCUCAUAUCAAACUCGUACUGCAUGGAAUUCAAGAGCUGCACAACAUCAAAUGAACUCCCCACUAUUUUUGUUUCUUCAAAUCUGACUCCAUGAAACCUCUGGACACAAGACAUUUUAUUUUUUACAUUUAAAAAGUGAGGCUCACAAUUUUUUUUAGGUGAGAUAUUUUUCAUUGCAAUCAAUAACCAUAUAUGACCAAUACUAUCUGAAAGCUUGUACCAGUGCUAUUUUUGUAAAAAUAUAUAUAGAUUCCAGUACGCAAUGUUCUGGUGGUAUUCAAAAGGUGUCUGAACCCGGGGAAACUUUUAAAAUUCAGUAUCAAAAGGGUGUUUCUCAGCUAUUUUGAUUCAGCAUUAUAUGCAAAUCUCUUCUCUUUCCACUUUGCGCGCAACCUGAGCGUGUGUUGAAUGUGGAACAGAGCCAAGGGUCUAUAAUUCACCACAUGAGUAUGAUUGUUUCUGCCUGAAACGUAUUCAGGGCAGAAUUAUCAUACUAAUGCGGUAAAUACGUCAUUGUACAAGUUAUGUACUAGUAUUUUACGUCACAUGGACGGGAAGGGCCAGUUUGCAGGGCAAGAAUGAUGUUUCUAGUCGAGGCUUUAGCCGAGACUAGCAUUUCAUUCGAGCUCUGCAAGAGACAUUCAUGUCCAAGUAACGUACACCAUUUUUGUCAUAAUAAUCUAAAUAAGAAUAAUAAAGCAAAAGUAAAA